ACAAAACGAAAGUAGUGCUAGUGACAUUUCUAGAGCCUAAACUUAUCUGCAGGGUUAAAAUUUAAUUUCCUUUUUCUUAUACACCUCCGUUUUAUUUUAAUUUUCCGUUUUAGCCUUUUAUGAAAAGUAUUGUGUUAUAUUAUUAUUUCUUUCCACAUCUUUAUGCACAUUAUACUUCGGUUGACAUCGCGUGAAUACGCCCUUGAAAAUAGUGAUACAUACAAAAAGUCUAAAGUCAGCAUAGCAACAACACUUCAAUACGUUUUAUUACUAUUUUAAGGAAUACAGGAUUGGUCACUCCAUGUGUGCCUUGUUUGAGAUGUUGGUUGAUGGUGCAAGGCAAUAUAUAAACAGUGAAGUUAAUAUAUGAUAGCUGUGAACUAUUGUAAGUUUCCAGAUUCUUACUUACUGUAUAUAUAUUAAGAUGAUAACCCGGAGAUGGUUCCAUCCUUCUUUGAAUGGCGUGGACGCAGAAAAACUGCUUUUAGAACGUGGUCGAGACGGUUACUUUAUUGCUAGACCAAGUAUGAGCAAUAAGGGAGACUUUACUUUGUCUGUGAGAAGGGGCACGGAGGUGACUCAUAUAAAGAUACAAAACAAUGGUGAGUUUCUUGAUCUCUAUGGAGGUGAAAAAUUUGCCACCUUAUCAGAACUUGUUCAAUUUUACAUGGACAACCAAGGUCAGUUGCGCGAAAAGAAUGGCAGCAUUAUUAGAUUAAAAACACCAUUGAACUGCGCGGAUCCUACUACAGAGCGCUGGUACCACGGGCAGCUGACCGCCAAAGAUGCGGAACGCAUGAUGCUUGAAAAUGGCCGCAGUGGAUCUUUUCUUGUGAGAGAAUCGCAAAGGCAGCCCGGUGAUUUUGUGCUCUCUGUGCGAACGAGGGACAGGGUUACACAUGUUAUAGUAAGGCGAAAGGACAAUAAAUACGACGUUGGUGGCGGUCUGCAGUUUGAUGAUCUUGUUAGUCUCGUAGAACAUUAUCGCAACUACCCUCUGGUCGAGACGACCGGAGACGUCCUCAGACUUAUUCAACCAUUUAAUGCCACUCGCAUUCAAGUGCAGCAUUUCCACACGCGUGUCAAACAACUUCAAAAGGAAAAUGAGGGUCCAAUUGAAAGUAUGGCUUAUAAACAGGGAUUUUGGGAAGAAUUUGAAACAUUACAGAUGAUGGAGAACUUACAAUUGUUCGACCGAAUGGAAGGUUCUAAACCAGAGAAUAUAAGAAAGAAUAGAUACAAAAACAUUAUUCCUUUCGACCAUACUCGUGUUAUCUUGAAAGACAUCCCCUCAGACGCUCCACCAGGCUCCGAUUAUAUUAACGCGAAUUACAUUCGAUCUGAUUUCAUCGAUACCACAGCAGACGCACACGAUUCGAACGAUACUUACGAGAACACUAAACCAAAUGGCUCUUCAAAAUGUAAAGACAAAUCUAUUCACACUCCCGUUAUUGUUACUGAAGAAACUCCAAGCGAGACAGGGAAAACAAACGGAAACGGAACUUAUAAAUCACCCAAAUUGGAUCAAUCUGUAUUGCGUCCAAUUCCGCACCCGAUUAACACGUUAGAGAAAAAGAAGAAAAAACUCGUUAAUGGUGAUCCUGAUAGUGUUUACAGCAAACUAUAUAUUGCAACUCAAGGUUGCCUUUCAACAACAAUUUAUCAGUUCUGGUCAAUGAUUUGGCAGGAGGAUGUACGUAUAAUAAUCAUGACGACUAAGGAGAUUGAACGCGGCAAAGUGAAAUGCGAACGCUACUGGCCUGAACUCAAUAAAACAGAAGUUAUUAAAAAAUAUACAAUAUACAAUGAAUCGGAAUCAUCAACUCAAGACUACACAUUACGACGAUUUCUUGUCACUAAAAAAGAUGAGCAGGAUGUGAAGAGAACAAUUUAUCACUUCCACUUUACUGCAUGGCCUGAUCAUGGAGUGCCGUCUGAGCCGGGGCGCGUCUUAAAUAUUUUGCUGGACGUAAACUUCAGGCUGCAACAAAUAAUGACUGGACCGGAGCCCCCAGCGCAGGCUGUGGUCUGUGUCCAUUGUUCUGCGGGUAUUGGUCGGACCGGCACAUUUAUUGUCAUUGAUAUGUUAUUGGACCAAAUAAGAAAAGAAGGGUUUGAUUGCGAGAUAGACGUGCACCGAACUGUCCAGAUGGUAAGAGAUCAGCGUUCUGGCAUGGUGCAGAACGAAGCCCAGUACAAAUUUAUUUAUAUGGCGUUGUUAGAAUUUAUUGAAACAGAAAAGCAGCGGGUUGGAUUAGUUGCGCCAGAACCGGCGCCCGAUUCACCGCGUAUAUGAUGUAAAUAUACAUUUAGAGUAGGUCAUGUUAAUGCUAUGAAAAGUUUAAUUAUUCGAAAGUAUAAGAAGCUGUCUCAUACAGGUCCAAGGCGCUAAUAUAAAAGAAUAAUUUGUAGCUAUUUGAGGGUAUGUUCCGAUAUGCACUGCACAGUACUAUCACUGUAGAAAAAUUCGUUCCGCUAUGGACUGCCAGUAUACUGCCGCAGUCGACUACGGAAAUAUAUGACGUCAUAAUUCGCCGCCAUAUUCUACUGUGAGCACUGGCGUUUUCGAGGUAAGGUACUCGCAGUACUUUGAUCACGUGAUUAGUCAAAACCACUCGAGUGCCUAAUGUUUUAUAAACAAUCCCUACAGUUUAAUCCCAAAUAUUUUUAAUUUGACAGUACUCCAACAACAGUUUUUUUAAUGAACUAGAAAACUUUAAUACACUCAUUUGAAUGCUGCGUCAACAAAUGCGGCUGACAGUAUAUGGGAUUGCGUUCCGUUUUAAACAGUAACCAGUAUAACUGGCUAUAAAGGAACAGCUUCACAGUAUACUAAAAUGACGUCACACUGUACAGUGGUCGCAGUGCAUAUCGGUACAUACCCUGAAUCUAUAGUAGAGAUGCUUUGUUUUAUGUUAAUGUCAUAAGUUGAUUGAUACUUAUAAUCUAAAUAAUAUGUAUUUUCACAAUGCUAUGUUAAAUUUAAUACUUAUUAUUAUUAUUACUAAUACUAAAUUACACCUAACAAUACUAAAAUGGUUAAUAGGUAAAUCCACUGUAAUAAUGAAUUAGUUAUUUAAUAUGGUGAAGCACUGAAUAGUUGUGUAGAGAUUGUUUCAAAUUAAGCUAUUUUAUAAUGUUUUUAUUUUGUUAUAAAUAAGAAUAUUAAUGAAUUCGAAAUGCAUUAUAAAUACUUUGUACCUAAUACAUUACAUUAGGAGAGAAGAAGUGUGUCGGUGAUUGUUAUAUAAAAUAUUGAAACCUGGUGAUAAAGUUUCAAAUUAUUGCUUUAAUGAAUAAUAUGAAGUUGUGAGGUUGGCUUCAAAGUGAUCUCGAAUUGCUUCUUGAAUUAGAGAGAGUAUAUUUUUUUUUAUAUUUUUUAAAGUCCCGUAACAAGGAGGUAGAAAAUAAAUUUGUUUAUUCCAAGACGUUCAAAUUCGACAAUUAAUAAAUACCUCAUCUAAUAAUCCUUAAAAUUGUUAAUAUAUAAUGUAGUGUUUAGAUAUAUUAUAUAUAGAGCUUUUUAUCAUAAGUAUAGUAUUAUAUAAUAUUUUUUUAUAAAAAAACGAUUCGGCGUUUUCAGUAAUGGGGUUUCAAAUUAUUUUAUUUUAUGCCAAAAGAUGUGAAUUUUGUUUUGUAAAUUUUAGUACCUACUAAUUUUUGUUCAUUUUGAUAUUGUUUAUUGUAUUAUGUUUAUGUAACUAUUUAUAUCGAAGUUAAAUAAGGUGCUGUUAAAUAAAACAACACCCAGCUAGGGUGGCGGUGCAUUAGAAAGAAAUAUUUUAUUUCUAUUAAGUACAUAUUAUAAAGUGGCAAUACUUCUGAGUGUUAUAUGGUGAAUAUCGCAACUCGCGACCUGUUUGUAAAUAUUAUUUUAUUUAUUGAUAUACAUAAUAAAUUGAUAACGAUUAUUGUAAUACUAGUGCCUUUCAAUAAUUUCAUUUUAUUUGCUAUUUAGAAAUAUUUAUAAUACACGGAUGAAAUUAAUGUUUAAUACCGAUAAUGUUAUAUUAAAAUUCACUUUUCAAUUUAAUAAGUUGUUGGGAUUUUGUUCACGUGAUAUUCCAAAAUGUAGGAAAGCUGAGCUUGAGUUUUUUAAGUGUAACUCCAAUUUUAAAUCAUUUUUGUUAUCGUCAAAUGUUAUAUUAUGUUGUGUUAUAUAAUAUAAUAAAUAAUAAAAUGUGAUACAUACUGUAA